UUGUGAUCGCUUAAAAAGUAAUAUUAAAAAAAUAUAAUUUUUUAAAAAAUGCGCAUACUUAAGUUGACUUUUAUACUUUUAACGAUGGCUGGAUGUUGGCGACCAGAUUCUUGGUCAUCACUGCAUAAACGCGUAGCGUACUACGUGUAUACAAGCAUAACAGUUUUCUUAGUAAAUACCUUUACGCUAUCGCUAUUAAUAGACCUCACCCUAAUAACGGACAAUGCCGACGAUUUUUGCGAUAGUUUCUUAUUUAUAAUGGACAUGUUAAAUGCUUGCUUUAAAGUAUUCAUUUUGCUCAUAAAUCGCAAAAACAUUAUUAUGAUAAUCGACAUACUGAUGAAGAAACCAUGUAAACCGUCGACAUCGACUGAAAUAAACAUUCUCUAUAAAUUUGAUAAAAUCAUAGAAAUUAAUACUUGGCGCUUUGUAUAUUUGGCAGCGGUAACGUUAUCAUUUUUCGUGUUAUCUUCUUUAUCAAGCUUGAAAAAUGGAAAAUUGACAUACAGAGCAUGGUUGCCAUUUGAUUAUUCAUCAACGUUACUGUUCUAUCUGGCAUUCAUUCAUCAAAUGAUAGGUAUGACUGUCGCAACAGUCGCUAGUAUUGGUUGUGAUACUUUCAUCUGGGGAAUAUUAGUCCAUAUUUGCUGUCAAAUUGAGAUCUUAACUUAUCGUUUGAGAAGAUUUAUAUCUUAUUCAAACGUUCUUCGCGAUUGCGUGCGUCAUCAUUAUGAUAUAUUCAGACUUGCGUUUAUUGUAAAUGAAAAGUUUAGACUGACUAUUGCUAUCCAAUUUAUAUUAACUACAUUGGUGCAAUGCUUCUGUCUUUAUCAAAUAAGUAUAGCAACAACGAAAGCCAAACAUAUUGAAAUGAUAUUAUAUAUGGCUUGUAUUUUAAUUCAAAACUUCUUCUAUUGUUGGUAUGGAAACGAAUUAAAGAUAAAGAGUCACCAAAUGAUUGACCAUAUUUUCGAAACGGAGUGGCUGACAUUGGACAAAAAUAGAAAAAAGUCUUUAAUGAUAAUAAUGAGGCGAACAACUGUACCUAUUCAGAUUACUUGUGCUCGUAUUGUUCCCGUGAAUCUCGAAACCUUUAUGGGUAUACUUAAAAUGUCUUAUUCCACUUACAACUUACUUACACAAAAUAUGCAAGUGUGAUUCUAUGAGAAGACUGAUGGACUUAAUGUACUACUCAUAUCAUAAUAUUAAAUCUGAGAAGAGAAAAGAAAAGAAGAAAGAAGAUAGUAUAUUUGCAAUUAGUCAUAAUAAUCAGCAUUAGUUAACUUUCAU